CUCUUUCUGCAAAGCAGAAGGUACCUUCGAAUGGCUCCGAGGAAGAAGCUCACCUCAUCUUCGUCCAAGAAAUCAAACCCUAACCAGGGCUCUCAGCCUUCCAAGUUUGGAAUCCAGCACUUCUUCGAGCGUCAUUCUCAGAACCACGAUACCACGAGUGCAUCUCAAAAUCCCUCCAAACCCUCUGGUACUCUGCAAUCCCUUCAGAAUCGCCCUGCCCUCACCUCUGCUACCCCUAAUGGUGCUACGGUUUCCUCGCUCCAAAACCCUAGAAAAGCCCCAAAUUCGCGGGCGCCUGAUCUGGGUAAUGCUGCCUCAGUCCUCCAGAACCUUGAGAACGGUUUGGUUUCUAAAUCAUCGGCUCCGCGCGAAGCUGCUUUGGCUCUCGGGAACCGGGGAGACGAGUCAAAUUUAAGAACUGCUGAUGAUAGGGGUGCUUUGAAAUCGGAAGUACGUGAUCCGAAAAACGCAAUUUCAAGAGAGAAAAACCCUAAAGAGGCAGUGAAUUUGCAGAAGACCGAUACGAAUAAUCUUUCACAAAAUACGCCUCCUGAGAACCUCAUGGAAUUUUCAGUUAAUGCUAAUGGGAAUCCACUGGAAGAGUCGCCAGAAAUUUCUAAGUCCGUUUCUGUCAAGCGGUUCAAAUUUUCACCCGGAAUGUUGAUAAAGCAGAGUCAGGAUGAUGGAGGGGAUGAGGUCACAUGGAAGAUAUCUCCUGUAAAUGAGCGUCUUCAAGCCAUGUCAGAGCACAUGCCAGAGGUGAUGAGAGCGUUGGCAAAUGCUUCAAGGAUGAACUCUUCAAAUUUUCGUCAGUGCUCACAGAAUAAGACUUCUCCUGCUUCAGUGGGCAAGCUUGAAAAUUGGCUUUCUUCACCACAACUUAGAGGUGAUGAUAGAUCUCUGGUAUUAGCAAAUAGAGUUAGUUCGAAAAGAGUUAGCCCUGACAUGGAGAUGGAUUUUCCUGACAAUGCUAUUGAUGCGAAUAACUCUAGUGUACUUAAGGGACAAAGUCCUUUCAGGACUCCACCUUCUUUAUCAUACUGUGAUGAUAAGUUCGCUAAUAUUAUUGCAUUUGAUAAAGCAUCUGAUCAGCCAGGUUUGAGGCUACAAAAAAAGGCAUUGCUUGAACUUUUAGAUCAAGUGGAAGAUGUUAUUUCUGUUGAAGAAUCAAUUUGUAAUGACUCGGGAGCUUGCUUGUUAAAAGUUGAUGACAGAUUUCGUCAUAAGAUGACUGUUAAAAUUGAUCCUGGGACAGAUAGGCCUGCAACAGAUUUGCCUGGAAGAUUCAAUAGGGCAUCCUCAAAUCUUAAUUUUCUUGUUUUGGAGGUUUCGGAGAAGUGUAAACAUACUGAUUCAUGUGGUAAUCAAUGCUCAUUUAAGGUUCUUCGCCUACUGAAUGAGCAAAGUGGAGAAGAGCGGGCUGUGCAUUUGUUGGAUGAAUGGUUUUACAGUGUUGUUGCACCUGGAGAUACUGUACAUGUGAUCGGUGAAUUUAAUGACCAGGGAACAUGCGAAAUUGAUCAUGAAAACAAUCUUCUUGUUGUUCAUCCUGAUAUGCUGGUGUCUGGUACCAGGGUUGCUGCUAGUUUUAGUUGCCCAAGGCGAGCUGUCCUGGACGAGAGGUUAAAAUGUGGUGAGCAUUCAACUGCAGCAUUAAUUGGUACAUUGCUGCACCAAAUUUUUCAGGCUGGGCUUAUUAAGGAUGUUCCCAGAAAAGAUUUCUUGGAGGAGUAUGCAAGAAUUGUGCUCCAGAAAAAUGUUGAGAGCUUGUAUGCUUGUGGAGUAAAUGAAACUGACACGUGGAAAACCUUGAUUGAGGCAAUUCCAAGAAUAUUAAAUUGGAUAAACCUCUUCAAAGCCUCACAGAAUUCAAAGGUACCUGCUGUUGAUUUUGGAUCUGAUGACGGGCUGAAAAGGAUCAACAUCUCUGAGGUAAUAGAUAUUGAGGAGAUGGCAUGGGCCCCAAAAUAUGGCUUGAAAGGAAUGAUUGAUGCUUCUCUCCGGAUAAAAGUUGGGCCUCAUGCUGAAGAAAUUGACGAGAAAAUUGUGCCUCUGGAGUUUAAAACUGGGAAAAGUACCGGUGGCCAGGCAACUAUGGAGCACACUGCCCAAGUGAUCCUGUACACUCUGCUUAUGUCUGAGAGGUAUCUAAAGCCUAUUGAUUCUGGUCUUCUAUAUUAUCUCCAGACAGAUCAGACACAGGGAAUUGCAGUUCGAAGAUCUGACUUGGUUGGGCUAAUCAUGCGUCGCAAUGAACUUGCAAAUGAUAUACUAAAGGCAUUGACAAUGCAGCAAUUGCCCCCAAUGUUACAGAGUCUGAGCAUGUGCAGAGGUUGUCGCCACCUCCAAUUUUGUACCAUCUAUCAUAAGGUACAUGGUGGUAGCAUAGAGAGUAGUGGAUUGGGUGAUGUAUUUGAGUCAAAUGUUAACCACUUGACAACAGCUCAUUGUGCUUUUCUUCGACACUGGAAUCAUUUGAUAGACUUAGAAGCCAAAGAAAUGCAGGUUGCAAAAAAAAGAAUUUGGCAUUCACAUAGUUUGAAGAGUGAUUAUUCAACUAAUUGCCUUCCAUCGAUCGUUCUUGAUUCUUCAUGUGAACUCCCUCAGAAGCCUGUCAAUGACAAUCGAUUUAUUUAUCGUUUUCUGCGUCAAGAUUUGCCUGAUCUUGAUAAGAAAGACGACCGUGCAGAUUCUUUGAGUGCUUUACCUUCUCCAGUGAAUGAUUUAGAUUGCACACUUAGAGCUGGAGACUAUGUGAUCCUUAGCAUUGAAUCUAUCCACUUAGCGGUGGCAAGUGGGGUUGUAACAGAUAUCAACCGCUUUCAUGUUUCAGUUUCUUUUUCUAAGCGCUUAAGGCUUCCUAGGAGCCAUCCUUCUUCGGAAGCACGAGAUAUUCUUCAGCAGGUUUGGCGCAUUGACAAGGAUGAAGCCAUAGCUUCAUUUGCUCUUAUGAGAUUCAACCUUGUUCAGCUUUUUCUUCAAAACGAGCAGAGUUCCCAUCUCAGGAAGAUGAUAGUUGACCUUGAGCCUCCUAGAUUUGACAGUGGUUGUAUAUUUAGUCAAGAUCCAGCAAUAUCUUAUGUAUGGUCUGAGAAGAAUUUGAAUAAUGAUCAGCGCCGAGCCAUACUCAAGAUUCUUACAGCAAAGGAUUAUGCUUUAAUUCUAGGAAUGCCUGGAACAGGCAAGACAUCCACUAUGGUGCAUGCUGUGAAGGCAUUGUUGAUGAGAGGGGCAUCCAUCUUGCUUACAUCAUACACAAAUUCAGCAAUUGAUAAUUUACUUAUCAAAUUGAAAGCUCAGGGCAUUGAUUUUGCCCGUGUUGGAAGACAUGAUGCUGUGCAUGAGGAAGUUAGGGGCAAUUGCUUUUCAGCAAUGAACAUACAAAGUGUUGAGGACAUUAAGCAAAGACUGGAUCAAGUUAAAGUUGUUGCAGUUACUUGUUUGGGAAUAACUAACCCCUUGCUUGCCAACAAAAGUUUUGACAUCUGCAUAAUGGAUGAAGCUGGACAGACUACCCUUCCGGUAUCCCUGGGACCACUAAUGCUUGCCUCAAUCUUUGUCCUUGUCGGUGAUCAUUAUCAACUUCCACCGCUUGUCCAAAGUACUGAGGCUCGAGAGAGCGGAAUGGGGAUUAGUCUUUUUUGUAGGCUGUCUGAAGCACAUCCCAAUGCAAUUUCAGCAUUGCAAAGCCAGUACCGUAUGUGUCAAGGCAUUAUGGAACUAUCCAAUGCAUUGAUAUAUGGUAACAGAUUGCGUUGUGGUUCUCCUGAAAUAGAAAAUGCUAAACUCAAAUUUUCCGGUUCAAGUUCUAAUUCAUUAUGGCUAAAGAAGGUUUUGGAUCCGAGGAGACCAGUUAUAUUUAUUAAUACAGAUAAGUUGCCUGCUUUUGAGGCAAAAGAACACAAGACUGUAAAUAACCCAAUUGAAGCUUGCAUUGUUGCAGAGAUUACAAAGGACUUGGUUAGCAGUGGCAUUGAAGGAGAAGAUAUUGGAAUCAUUACCCCCUACAAUUCUCAGGCAUCUCUCAUCCGACAUGCUACUGUUUCCUUGAAGUCUGUGGAGAUACAUACCAUUGACAAAUAUCAGGGGAGAGACAAGGACUGCAUACUAGUCUCCUUUGUAAGAUCUAGUGAAAAUCCAAGGAAUUGCAUUUCUUCCUUGCUUGGAGACUGGCACAGGAUUAAUGUGGCGCUAACACGCGCAAAGAAGAAGUUGAUCAUGGUGGGAUCAUGCAGAACCCUUUCUAAGGUUCCUCUGCUGAAGCUUCUUGUUGAGAAUGUUGAGAAGCAAUCAGGCGUUUUGACGGUAUUGGAGAAGGAUAUGAAACACCAAGAAGGGCUAAAGAGAUGCUCUCAAUUUAGAUAAUUUUGUCCCUUUCUAAUCGUCACUAAUCUAAUCAGCUGGAAGAUGAUUGGUCUUGCUGAAGUGAAAUCUGGCCUAUAUUACCUACAACAACCUUCUAUUCCAGCAAGGAGCAAAACUGAUUUCAAUUGUGCACCUUCGGUUCCUUUAGCAAAUACUUGUAACACCAAUGCUGAUAUAUGGCAUCUUCGAUUAGGACAUAUUCCUCCUACCAGAUUAAAAAUCAUUAGUGAAAUAGAUUCCAAUGUAUCAACACCUCAGAAUCAUAUCUGUGAAGUCUAUCCUUUAGCAAAACAAAAGAAGAUUCCAUUUCCU